AUUCAAAUUCACGAGAGAGCACCGGUAUGGCGGUCUCCGAAUUCCACAGAAAAGGUGGCCGACCGUUGAAAAGUAGAAAGAGAAUGGAGGUUUACCUCCAUUGCAUUGACUCACACGACGCGCCAACAGGGGUUUUAGCUCCUUGUUGCAGAUGGAUUUCUCUGAUUACAGAGCGAAAAUGGCGAUGAGAACUUCAAAAAACCUCUUAUUCCUCUGCUGUAUUCACAUAUUCAUGGUCUCAACCACCAUCUCGCAACCGGAUUUCGAGGCACACUCAUGUUCAAACAGCGGCAACUACAGCAGCAACAGCAUUUACAACCAAAAUCUCGAAAACUUACUUUCCUCCAUCGCCUCCGACACCCAAAUCGAUUACGGGUUUUACAAUCUCACCGCCGGACAGGAACCCGACAAAGUGAACGCCAUCGCCCUUUGCCGGGGGGACUGGUCGGUGGAGAAAUGCAGGCGCUGUGUCAAUGACUCGACUCGAAAGAUUGUAGAGGUUUGUCCGAACCAGAAGGAGGACAUCGGAUGGUACAACGAUUGUAUGAUUCGGUACUCGGAUUCCUCAAUUUUUGGCGUUGGAAAUGGUCGGGUGCUUUCAAUUUAUUUCAACACUCAGAAUGCAUCGGACGUCGAUGGGUUCACUCAAGCACAGAGGACUCUGUUUGCGAGACUCAGAAAUGAGGCUUCCUCCGGGGAUUCUACUCGCAAAUUUGCUGUGGGACAGAUUGCUGCACCCGCUUUUGACAACAUAUAUGGGCUUCUCCAGUGUACUCCGGAUCUGUCCUUUAUGGAUUGCAAUAAUUGCCUUAUUCAGGUUGUUAGAAGUAUUCCGAUUGGGAAAAUAGGAGCAAGAAUAUUUGCCGUAAGUUGUAAUUUGAGAUAUGAAAUUUCUCUUUUCUACGACCCGCCGUCGCCGCCCCCUGCUGAUGGAGCUCCCUCCCCACCCCUGUCGCUGCCUCUGCCUCCCACACCAGGAAAUGCUACAACUGUUAUAAUCGUUGUGGUGUCCGUCGUUUCAGCCAUCCUUCUAGUUGUUGGGAUUUUCAUCAUUUUCAGAUUGAGGAAGCGAAAGCACAAAACAGCACAAGAAAAAUUUGAAGGUGUUGCUCUUGGAGAUGUCACUGAUGAAAUUAGCAGUGUGGAGACGAUUCAAUAUGAUUUCGACACCAUUAAAGUUGCAACGGAUGACUUCUCGACUGAAAACAAGCUUGGACAGGGUGGAUUUGGAGCUGUUUACAGGGGUAAGCUGCCUAAUGGACAGUAUAUAGCUGUGAAGAGGCUUGCAAAUAAUUCACAACAAGGUGAUGUUGAAUUCAAAAAUGAAGUUCUUUUGGUGGUUAAGCUUCAACACCGAAACUUGGUUAGACUGCUGGGAUUCUGCUUGCAAGGAAGAGAGAGAACUCUCAUAUAUGAGUUUGUACCAAACGGCAGCCUUGACCACUUCAUAUUUGAUUUCAGAAAGUGCACCCUAUUAGAUUGGGAAACACGAUACAAAAUCAUCAAUGGUGUUGCACGAGGACUUCUUUAUCUUCAUGAAGAUUCUCGCCUUCGGAUUAUACACCGUGAUCUCAAAGCUAGCAAUAUUUUGUUGGACGUGGAAAUGAACUCAAAGAUUGCAGAUUUUGGUAUGGCAAGAUUAUUUGAAGUAGAUGAGACCCAAGCCAAUACAAGUAGAGUUGUGGGAACUUAUGGCUAUAUGGCUCCAGAGUAUAUAAUGCAUGGACAAUUUUCGAUGAAAUCAGAUGUCUUUAGCUUUGGUGUUUUAGUUCUUGAAAUUGUGAGUGGCCAAAAAAACAAUUGCUUUCGUAAUGGAGAAAAAGUCGAAGAUCUCUCCAGCUUUGCAUGGAAAAAUUGGAGGGCAGGAACAACGACAAAUGUUAUAGAUCCUACACUUAGUAUUGGUUCAAGGACUGAAAUGAUAAGAUGUAUUCACAUUAGACUAUUGUGUGUUCAAGAAAAUGCAACAGACAGACCAACAAUGGCUUCAGUGAUUUUGAUGCUAAGUAGUUCUUCUCUUACUCUCCUUGUACCUUCUGAACCUGCAUUCUUCAUGCAUAGUAAGACUGAUGAAUCCAAUACACUAUUAAAGUCAGAUCACCGAUUGGAAAUGAUUAAAGCUAGUCAUUCUGAAAGCACACCUCUUCAACCUUAUUCUGAAAAUGAAGCUUCAAUUACUGAGCUCCAUCCUCGUUAGAUCGAAACUCAACGACAUAAGGGUAUAGUUUACCUUUAAACUUCCUCAUAAAGCCUUACGAGGAACUUGAAAGUUUUUAUUAAUGUGAGGAUGAACUUUCUUCCU